AUGGAGUCCCCAUCCAGAAGCCCUCCCAGGAACCACUCAGACUCCAAGAAGGCCGAACACUCCGAAGUGUUGUUGGUGCAGAAGAACAGACAGUCGGUCAGUUUUCCCAUCCGCAGCACGAAGUCGGAGAGAGGCGACCCUCUCAUUCUCUGGAGAGAACUCCAACUAACCGGCGCUCAGCCGGGGGCUUGCGAGUAUCCCCACACCUGUCCGGUAGCUCUUACCCUGGGCAUCUCCAGAAAAGGUGAGAAUCCAACCCCUCACCAGGAUUCUGGUUCCAGGACCCUUGCUGUGUGUGGAGGAUCACAGGGAAAUAAUCCAGUCAUAAAUAAAACUGAUGUUCUUGUCUCCCAGCUGACCCAGCUGAAGGCUGAGAUGGAGGAUCUGGAGCAGUUGGACUCCAUGGAGGUGGUGAAGGAACGAAGAAACAACCAUCGCCUGAGGACCAGCCUGAACCGGUGCCUGGACAAACAGAACGCCACAAUUGCUCCAAUCCAGCCUCCGUACGGUACAUGUUCUCAGGGUCUGCUGAAGAACGUCACCGGGCCAGUGGUCCAGACGGCCGGAGAGUAUCCGGGCUCGUAUCCGUACGGUUCCUGGGGUCGGGAUCCCAAACCAGAACCUGGGAAGGAACGCUGGUACUGGAUGGUUCCGAUGACCACCAGCAACAGAUACAAUAACUACGUCCGCCUCUACCACAGUCUGUACAAGCUCAUCGGAGGAGAAACCAACAUCGCUAACAUCCUGAUCUCCUCCUCCAACCCGACCACCAACACCAUCCAGGGUCCAAAUGUGGUUCUGUACGGAGGAUCUUUGUACUACAACUGUUACAACCAGCGUCAAGUUUGUCGAUUCCACCUGACCACCAAAACUGUGACCAACGUAGAUCUUCCUCAAGGCACCAGGUAUAACUCCAAGGGGAACUUCUGCCACCUGGAUGAGUGCUACCCGUACACCGACCUGGACCUGGCCACAGACGAGUCGGGCGUCUGGGUGGUCUACACCACCACCCAGAACUUUGGUAAUCUGGUUCUGUCCAAGCUGGAGGAGGGAGAACCGCCAAAGCUCAACCAAACCUGGCACACUUCGGUCUUCAAGCAGGGGGUGACCAACACCUUCAUGGCCUGUGGCGUGCUCUACGCUACACGCUACGUUAGCAAAAACGUGGAGGAGAUCUUCUACUCAUUCGACACGACCACAGGGAAGGAGAGGUUUGAUGUCGGCAUCUUCAUGAACAAGAUGGCCACCAACAUCCAGGCCCUGAACUACAGCCCUGUGGACCAGAUGCUCCACGCCUACUGUGACUCCAAAAUGGUGUCCUACAAGGUUCUGUUUGGGUAAACAGAUUGUUGUUUUUAAAAAACCGACAUUUAACUCUCAUCUCUGAUGUUAAUGAGGGGUCAGGAGGUGAUGCAUGAUCGAUUUAUCUGCCACAUUCUGAUUAUGUUCAUGUGGUUUCAUCUUUGUCUUUCACAGUUUUCAUUCAAUAAAUUCACUCCUUUCUGUU